AUGCCGCAACAGCCGAUAUCAUUUCAGUCCUCGUCGAAAAAUACGCCAGACCUCUCGUAUGUGGCCCAGCCGGAGACUGAACCGCGACAGCUGGAAGCUGGCGACAGCUCAGAGCUUGACGAGAAGGACAGGGGAUCCGGUGCAAAUACCCCUUCGGUUUUGCUGCCUCCUAAAAAUGAAGCCACCGGCGAGACAGCGCACCCUGGGGAUAGUUCUGAGUUCGUCGUGUGGUGGAAUGAGCCAGCAGACCAAGACCCAGAGAAUCCCAUGAACUGGUCGUCGAGAAGGAAAUGGUUCAAUAUCAUUACUAUCUCCGUAAUUAGCUUCCUAGUGCCCCUCAUAUCCUCCAUGCUCUCCCCAGCCGUGCAGCUGGUAAUGCAGGAGUUCGACACCAGCUCCACGACCUUCGCGACCUUUGUCGUGUCCAUCUUCGUGCUGGGGUUCGCCUGCGGCCCGCUGAUCCUCGCGCCGCUGAGCGAGCUCUACGGCCGCGUGCUCAUCUACAACAUCACGAACGUGCUGUUUCUGUGCUUCACCGUCGGCUGCGCCCUGUCGCAGAACCAGUCGAUGCUCCUGGCCUUCCGCUUCCUGUCCGGGUUCGCGGGCGUGGCUACCAUCACGAUCGGCUCGGGCACCAUCGCUGAUCUCAUGCCGCGUGAGAAGAGAGGCAAGGCCGUGUCGAUAUGGUCUGUUGGGACCAUCUUGGGCCCGAUGGUUGGCCCCAUUAUUGGUGGGUAUGUGACCGAGGUCCUUGGCUGGAGAUGGAUGUUUUGGGUCAUCUCGAUUGUGGUCGGUGUGGUGAGCAUCUUCGCCUUUGCGGUUCUGAGGGAAACGUACCCCGUCGUGUUGCUGGAGAGGAAGGCAGCCAGGCUCAGAAAGGAGUCGGGAAAUCCACUGUACCGGUCGAAACUCGCGCCCGACAUCACACCACGGGAGCUCUUCAAACGGAGCAUCAUGCGGCCCUCCAAGAUGCUCCUCUGCUGUCCCAUCGUCACAGUCAUGUGCACCUACGUCGCCGUCCUCUAUGGCAUACUGUACCUCCUCUUUGCCACGUAUUCCUUUGUAUUCAAGGAAGUGUACGGGUACUCGACAUUCGCAGCCGGCCUCGUCUUUCUCGCAGGCGGCAUCGGGACACUGUCUGGACUUUUGUACAUCGCAAAGUUCAGCGACAGGAACUUGAAGAAACGCGCGGCCGCCGGGAAGACGGUCACGCCCGAGGACCGCCUUCCUCUGAUUAUCACGCUACCAGGGGCUUUGACGUUUCCGAUGGGCUUGUUUCUAUAUGGCUGGACCGUCGAGUAUCAAGUCCACUGGAUCGUCCCUCAGAUCGGGACGGCGAUCACGGGGUUUGGAUCCAUCCUCAUCUUUGUUGGCAUCCAGACAUACCUCAUCGAUGCGUUUGAGGGAUACGCAGCCAGCGUGGUUGGCGCCAAUGCGGUUCUUAGAGGCACUGCUGGAGCACUUCUCCCACUGAGUGGUCUGCAAUUGUACGAGGCCCUUGGAUGGGGUUGGGGGAACAGCUUGUUGGGAUUUCUCACGCUGGCAUUUGCUCCUGUGCCUUUGGUUAUUGGCUUUUAUGGAGCCAGAUUCCGCAACUCACGGAUCAACCAAAUCCAGCUGUAA